ACACAGACCUCCCUAGCCAAACAGCCGCCCAAACCCCCCCAACCGCCCUUGAGACGAACCUUCUCCGAUUACGCCGUACCCAUCCUGGCAGAGUCACCGACCAAGGAAAGCGUGGCUGCUGGAAAGGACAUUUUACGCCGGACCUCUCUCCGUUCGAAGAACAAACCCCCUGUUUCGGUAUCCCAUUUCACUCUGUCCUCGUCAGAAGACCUAAAAGACUCAGAAGCGCAAGAUGGCGCGGCCAAGGUACCACAGACCCGAGCGCCAGAACCGGCAGCCCGCCCUUCUAAGAGCCGUACCAUGUCGGGGCGGAUAGUGAGCCUGGCGCGCAAACCGUGGGGAUCUUCGUCCCGAUCACCGUCCCCUUCGGCCAAGAGAGCCAAGCAGAGAUCAGAAGAACAAUCACCGACGAGGUCCGGAUCUCGUCAAACAGAUGCGACAGACUCGGACUCAGGAUUGCCCGCGCGGAAGCGAACAAUUCUCUACAAACGACCACGGCGGCCCAUGGUAGCUGUGGUGGCCAAGGGAGGGAACGAAGAAACCCCAGGAUCGCCGAAUAGCCCUUCUGGAAACUCAUUACGACACCGUACAUCGUUUGAAAAGUUUACUGCGUCUCUAUCUGUGUCCACCCCGGUUCUACCCCCAAUGCCCAAGGGAGCUGCAGAAAAUGUUGCAGCAUUUGCGAGCCACACAACCGACCAUUCGCGGAAGAAGGACGAGCUCUGGGGCAUAUUUCGCGGCCUCGAGGCCGAUUAUCAAAAGUUCCAAUCGAAAUCGAGCUCUCUAAAAGCUAAUGUGAUUCGUACCUCGCUCCUCCCUUUCCUCAGCCGUCACCACCUUCACGCAUCAUGCAAGAAUCUCCGACCCGAAGAUUUAGAUCGCCGGGUCAAUAUCCUCAAUAAAUGGUGGAUCGGGCUACUAGAGAUGCUCAAUGGGAAACACAAUCAAUCAAUAUCAGGGACCGACAGACCCGUCUUUCUUGAGGCAGUGGUUGGAAUUAUGACUCGGCCAGAGUGGCGCAUUCCAUUUCCUACAGCACAGCAGGGCGACGGACCAGCGGAUUCGUUGAAGUACGCGUCAACUUCUGUAUCGGAGACUUCCGAAGGAUCUGGCUCAUCUGGGUCUGAUUUUUUGGUUGAGUCGAUUCAUCACAACAUCCGGAAUAUCUUUGUCCAGAACCUCCUUUCUCAAAUGGCAUUCGUGGCGGAACGUAUGUCUAUGAGGCACGCCCCAGCCAGUCUGGUGGCAUUCUGUGGAAAGGUUUGCGCGUACGCCUUCUUCUUUUGUCCGGGUGUCGCAGACAUCUUGGUUCGUCUGUGGAACACGUCACCAAACAUCUUCCGCCGCAUCUUCGCAGAAUCGGCGGCAUCCAGAGCCGGGAAUAUGCGACCGUACACCCAGGAGCUUGCAUUGAGCUUUCCGAUGGCUCUUCGACCUCUAGCCUUCCAUUCGCACGCGCCUUUGUUGCGGUACCUACGCCGAAAGCCCGAGGCGCCCUUAAACACCACUAACGUUCCCUGGCAUGGUCCAUGGAUUGCUCGCUGGUGUGGACGAGAUACGGAUUUGUUCUUCGUUUUCAUCAAGUACAUCCACAUUCUAUACGCUGAAUAUUGCCCUCCCAAGACCGAGAAAGCCAAGCGGGUUUUAGCGCCAGGAUUACUCUUGGUACAGGCACAGCUACUUGUUGUCAUUGAGGACACAAUUUAUAAGCAAUCACUCCACCAACCCGAGAGCAAUAGUCAUGCAGCAGCGAUUACUUUCGACGACUUCAUUGAAUCACCAGAUCCUUCAGCUUCCUCUCACCCUCUAGGGGUGGCAGGAAUGGCCAUCGAGAAUCGCCUGAUUAUUCUUCUCAGGGACUUUUUAUCCGAAUCAUCGUCUGAGCCAAAUCGAGCUCGCUUACUCUACGCAGAGACAUUUUGCGGGCUCCUCAAGAUUGCAGCUCAGCGGAUAUCUUUGUUUGACCACAAUGCUUGCUUCCUGCUCUGCGAUUUUGUCGAAGAGGUCAUUCCGAUAAUUACACGGUACGCCCAAUCGAUUGAAAGAGAAUUGUUCGACUGGGCGUUUUGGCAGGAUGUGUGCAGGCAAAUGAUGCAGAGCCAUAAUUCUCUCACUGAGGUGCGGGUGUUCUCCUUCAUCUAUUGCAUUUGGGGCACUUGGACUACGACGGACGCGAGAAAGGCAAGCCUCUGUCUGAACUUCCUUCUUCACGAACCAGUUUUCUUUCAUUAUUUCAACCACUGGAGCCCGAUGGUGCGUGCCUAUUACCAUCGCCUUCUAUGCUGGAGAAUGGGCCGGUUCAAUGGGGAACCAUCGGUAAUCGAUUCUACGAUAUAUGAAAUGCUCUCCGAGCGAUUAUUGCAAGUAUGGGAGUAUUAUAUUGGAUUCCAGUGCAAGGCAGAAGACGGGCUCAUCGCUCCACUAUCGUCUGCCCCUUGUACUCCGGCUCCGGGACGACGGAUUAUCAUCAUUCGGUGCGAUAAUCAGAUAUCUCCGGUGAAUCUUUUCGUCUCAUUUGACCGUGUUGUUCCACCGGUUCCACCGGAAAAGGUCACAUCGCACCGGAGAUCUGGUUCCUCAGACUCAACUGGUUCAGAUGGUACGUCUUCGAAGAGACGGUGGGGACUUUUUAAGAACAUGUUCAGCAGUUCGUCAAGCAACAGAUCUCUUGAAGGCAGUGGAGGCAACAGCAGCUCGGACGAGUCUGAUGGUGGAGGCCCUGAGCCUACAAUGAUGACGGAGAGCAGAUGCCUGGAGCAGCACGAGCCGACACCAAAUAACAGCACGGACGAGCUUAUCCGACCCAAGACGCCGCAUCAGCCAUAUUUCUUUAAAUUCUCCUUAGAAUGGAUGGACCGGCCGCAAUGGCCCACCAAAAACAAGCGCCUCUUUACGCCGUGUCUCCCCGUGGCAUCGCAGCUGCAUGUCCAGCACCGGCGUUCGCCUUCCAAGUCCUCUGAGUGCGACGCAGACUCCGAGCGUACAUCAACCCAGGAGACUACCGGCGAUGACGAUACCCCGGAAGAAACUACAAACAUCAAACAAACCACGACAGAACCUUCAUCCAAAACUCUCGUGUCUGAUAACCAGACCAGGACACCGACGACCAAAAACUCACCUCUCCCCGAACUACCCUCCCAACCUAUCUACGACCAUCUUGUGCCCAGCAAAUACGCUGGUCGUGCGUUGGCCGAGUGGGCACACAUUGUCUCCGAAUGCGACAGCUUCUUCGCACGACGACGCGACGAAGGCGUUCCUUCUGACCGCAUGGUUGAAACUCCAAGUCUAGGAGUAGACAGCUUCCGGAAAUAA